AUGUUCUCUUCCGAUGAGGAAGCUGUCCGCCGCCCCGGCCGUGGUGCGAACGACAUGCAAAGUCCCGCUGCGAGUGACGCUAAUGACUCUGGCAAUGAGAACAACAACGUUGAUAUGGAUGAAGACAAUGACGCUGAUCUGUUUGGCUCGGACGGAGACGACGAUGGCGUUGAUAAUGACCGACCAAACCGCAAUUUAGAUGAUGAGCAAUUAGAUUCUGGAGAUGAUGAGAAUCGCUAUGACCGCCGUGAAGAUCGCAUGGAUGAGGCGGUCGACGAGGAUGGUUACCCGGUAACAGUCAACAUCAUGGACGUGGGCCUUGCGCGGGCGCCAGUGCCAGCGACCAACGAUGGACAGAUUUACACCAUGAAGGUUCCGGAAUUUCUUUCAAUUGAGACGGAAGAGUUCAACCCGGAGACCUACGUUGCGCCUGCUUAUUCCACCGCUGCCACAUCCCUAUGCUGGCGAAAAGACCCGAAAGAUAAUACCCUGCUGCAGUCUAACGCGCGUAUAAUUCGAUGGGAAGACGGCUCUAUGACUCUGCAGCUUGCAUCCGCCCCUCUCGAGCAAUACCGCUUUGCAUCCAAACCUCUCGCCCCUCUCUCCAAGUCUGGAGAAUAUGAUACCAAGUUGGACUCACACGUUUAUCUUGGUGCAGCAAUCGAAACUGCUUCACUCUUCCGACUGACAUCUCAUGUUACACAUGGUCUCACCGUUCUUCCGACAACAUUGGAGACAGACGACGCUGUCCAGAAACUACAAGAAUCUUUGGCAGCUGCUUCUCGCGGCAGCAAGCAAACAGCCGAUGGUUCCGCGCCUGUCAUUGAAGUCAAGGAAGAUCCUGAACUGGCCGCACGGAGGGCCGAGGCCAUGGAGAAAGAAUGGCAGCGAACCGAGCGUCGUCGUCAACAACUUGAAGAUCGCGAGGCGGAGCGUGGUCGCCGCGCCACUGGUCCCCGUCCUGGUGGUCUUAGUGUUGGUGGACUUGAGGAUGGUGGCCUGCGGACUACCCGUCCUCGAGCUAAACCCCGUCGUGUCAACCGCCGCGGCGAGAUUAACACAGAUGACGAAGAAGACUAUGGUCGUGGCGGUACUACCCGUGAAGACGAGUAUGAUGAGGAUGAUGGAUUCUUGGUUGGUAGUGAUGAAGACAUUGAAGAAGGCGAGGAUGAAGAAGAUGAAGCUGAACUGGAAGAUGACGACAUGGAUGCUGAGGGCGAAGUGGAUGAUGAGGUCGCCCCAGCUAAGGCUUCUCGUAGCAAGCCAUCUGACACAGAGACACCUCGUGGAGGAUCACCUCCAGCUCGAAAGAAGCAUCGUUAUGUGGUGGAUGACGAGGACGAAGAUGAAUGA